AUGUUUGACCCCCUUUCCAGAAGUGCGAAAGUUUACUUGGGUGGAUAUGCAUAUGGUGGACUCGCAGAAGUUUCGGAAACAGAUUACCUUAGUUACUUAAUGUCUGGUCAGCUUGCUGAAGGGAUCCUUAUUUCAAGCUUGAAGAAGCAUCUUUCAUGUGACAAAAUUCCGUUUCAAAUAUGCAUUGAUGAGUAUAAGAGGUGGUUUGGUGCACUCUUUUCCUCGUCGGAUUUUGGAGUUGUCCUUCAGAUUGUCUAUUUGCUGUUCACAAGUGUGUUAGAACCUGAAAAGGAAAAACUGCAAGCAAUAGUUGAUGAGAUCAGCGAAAGGCUGUCUCCUGAAUGGCACGAAAGUCUGUCUCCUGAAAAGCAAGAAAGUCUGUCUCCUGAUUGGCCAUUAAUAUAUGCUAUCCUAAGGAAAAAUCAAAAGGAAAUCAAUAGCGGUGGAUCUCACAUUUACAAGACGAAAACAGUUGAGGAUCUUUCACACGUUGAUGUAGGAAAAGCUUGGAGCUAUUGUACUACCUGCUUUAAAGAUCCUUCAGAUUUCAGGGUUGUUCUUGUUGGGAAAUUUGACCGGGUUGCCGGUGGGAUUCCAGGGCCAUCGACACCUCUUAAAAAUUUUCAGCGUGGGAAUCUCACGAAGGCAGCUUUCAAUUUCCCUCAGACUGUUAUCACGAAAGAGGUUUCUAUGAGCCGUGCUGAAGGAAUGAUUUGCCCUAUAAGUUUUGCAUUAUGUCUUCAGAAUGGGGCAUUGGAAGAAGAGAGACAUCUAUUGAACCUUUUGAUACAUCUGCUGGAACUGAAAGUUAAAAAGGUGGUUGGUUUAUGUGGUGUAAAGGUGUCUCGUGUUUUCAUUGAACAUUUUCUUCCACUUGGUAAUACUCUAUUAAGUGGGACCACACCCGGAGCACUCAGCAUCUACCUCUAUCUCAACAACAUUGAAGAAUACCAGACGGUCAUAGAUGCAGUGGUAGCUGGGAUAGAUAAACUAGUCAAAAAAGGACCUCCACAGCAUCAAGUUCGACGUAUGUUAGAUGGAAUACAAUGGGAUAAAGAGGACCUUGGUGAUGCUAAACGAAGAGUCCGGGAAUCUUACAAUGCGAACAUUGCCAAGUCUACUAUGAGGAGGAUACUAUCAUAUCCUCGCCAAGCGCACACGGUAGUGAAGUUGAGAUAUUGA